CAUUUGUCAUCGCUUAUCUCAACUAGGGGAUUAAUUUGCCAAAAAUAACAAUAUACAUAUCUCAAAUGUUUUCUGUUGAAAAGUCUUCAUCUCUCUCCAAUAUCUCUAUUUUUGUACCUACAUUCACAGUCUCAAUUAAAUACCAAGAAUUGAAUUUGAUGAUGGCAUUUACAUCAUGCUAGGAUCAAAAACAUCUCACCUCUAUUCGUGGGUGUUUUAACUUUGGCAACAUCUUAUUAAUAAGCAUCAACAAUUUCAUUUCAAAUAAAAAUGUAAUUAAGCGAAAGAUAAGGGGGGUUUAAUGCAUCAUCCAUAAACUAAACUACCAAGUACCUAAACUCGUUGAACUUCACUGAAACGAGGAAUACAGAGCUAAAGCAAGUCAGCAACAGCAAACAGUUAGCAGGCGAAUGGAGACGAAGCAAACUGAUAUUAAAUUGAAAACUCCAGUUCGUUGCAUCGUCAAACUCGGAGGUGCGGCAAUCACAUGCAAGAAUGACUUUGAAAAGAUAAAUGAAAGCAAUCUUGUUGAGGUUUCUUCACAGUUGCGUGAGGCAAUGAUGUCUGGAUCUUCAUCUGGGCAAGUUCUUGAAAUGGAUUGGAGCAAACGCCCUGGAAUUUCAGAAACUUCAGUUACAGUGGACGCUUUUAAAGAACAAGAAGCUUUUGACUACAACAGUUUCGUUGUUAUUCAUGGAGCUGGUUCUUUUGGUCACUUUCAAGCUAGCAAAUCCGGUGUUCAUAAAGGGGGGUUGAAUAAACCUCUUGUGAAAGCUGGUUUUGUUGCUACUAGGAUUUCUGUGACAUCCCUUAAUCUUGAAAUAGUUAGAGCACUUGCAAGAGAGGGUAUUCCAUCAGUUGCAUUGUCUCCAUUUUCGUGUGGAUGGUCAACCCGUGAAAGAAAUAUAGCAUCUGCUGAUGUGUCAACAGUGGUUAAUGCCCUUGACUGUGGUUUUGUUCCUGUUUUGCAUGGGGAUGCAGUACUAGAUGAGUCACUGGGUUGCACUAUAUUAAGUGGAGACGUAAUUAUAAGUCAUCUGGCAUCACAUUUAAAGCCUCAAUUCGUUGUUUUCCUUACCGAUGUUUUUGGUGUAUAUGAUCGCCCUCCUUCAGAACCUAAUGCUGUACUUCUCAGGGAGAUUGCUGUACGUGAAGAUGGAAGCUGGUUUGUUGUGAAACCAACAUUUGAAGGCACAGAUAAGCAAGUUGAGAUUAGUGUAGCAUCCCAUGAUACAACGGGAGGGAUGGUGACAAAAAUAUCAGAAGCUGCAAUGAUUGCGAAACUUGGUAUUGAUGUGUAUAUUGUGAAGGCAGCAACAGAACACUCAUUGAUAGCCUUAAGUGGCAAAUUGAGAGAUGAGAUCCCUGAGGAUUGGCUAGGAACAGUUAUUCGUUAUGUUCCAUAAAACAAGGGAUGAUUAUUAUUAUGCGUUUUGCAUCUUUGUUUCUUCAUGGAUUUUUGUUGUUGUUUUCAUGCUAUUGACUUGAUCAGAUACACGGUUGAGAGAAUUUUUCGGUUAUAAUUGUUUUAGUUACAAUUUUACAUGUGGUUGUAAUUUGCUAAAAGUUCACAUUAUUGAUAAACAAUUUGUUUGUGAUUAGCGGGAUCUAAUCUUAAAUAAGUUGAAUUAGAUUACAUAUCAAAUUAAA